AUGGAACAGAACUUCCAGGCUGCCGUUAGUGCAGGAGUCAUCCCUGGCGUGGGCUUAUUUGCAACCGACUUCAGUGGCGACUUCAACUAUGCCCAUGCUUUUGGCAAUGCGUCCAUAAAACCUGGCGCGGAAAGACCAUUCGAGCUAGAUGCAACCCUGACCAUUGCCUCGUGCAGCAAGAUCAUCACCACCAUCGCGGCGUUGCAGUGCGUUGAGCAAGACCUCUUCGGGCUGGACGAUGACGUCUCAACGAUUCUCGUUGAGCUUAAGGAUCCUAAGAUCCUCACGGGCUUCGAUGAGACCACCGGCAACGCUACCCUUGUCCCGGCGAAGAAUAAGAUCACGCUCCGACACCUCUUGACACAUGCGUCUGGGAUUGCCUAUGACUUCAUCGACCCUCUUCUCAUGCGCUGGAAGACCUCAACGACGGGUCAAGCCCCGGACAUGACUAGCACCGAGCCGAUCCUUGAGAAGAUUGAUGUGCCGCUCCUUUUUGAGCCCGGUGAGGGUUGGGAGUACGGCUACUCCAUGGACUGGACCGGCACGCUUAUUUCCCGUCUCAACAACAUGUCCCUCGAUGCGUACGUGCAGAAGCACGUCGCCGAGCCUCUCGGGAUCAAGGACAUGACUUUCCACUUGGAGAAAAAUGACCUGGUGCGCUCAAACCUGGCCGAUUUCAAUCUCCGCGAAGGGGGAAAUAGCCAAUACGGCACCCCUGCUGACCCGAAUGGCUCGAUCUCGUGGAUGCCCGGCCACCUCUACGCCGACACCGUUGUCGACGAGUACGGCGGAUGGGGCAUCUACACCAGCGGUCCAUCCUUCCUGAAGGUGCUGGCCUCAAUCCUCCGGGACGACGGCAAGUUGCUGCGCAGCGAGACGAUUGACAGCAUGUUCAAGCAGCAAUUGUCGAGCGAUUCCAAGGACAUGCUCAAGACAACGUUGUCCGUGCCCGAGGUCAACAAUUACCUCGGAGGGACGCCGCUUGGUCUGGAGAAGGGGUACGGCCUGGGUGGCCUGUUGAUGCUGGAGGACUCGUCCGCGAGUGGCAAUAAUGCCGGCACCAUGCGAUGGUCGGGUAUGCCCAAUCUCUUCUGGUGGAUUGAUCGUACGGCCGGCUUGUGUGGUUUGUACGCUAGCCAGAUCAUGCCCACUGGUGAUCCGCGCAGUGUGGAGUGGGGAACUACCUUCAUGAAGGAGAUGUAUACUCGCCUGAAGAAAUCUGACUCAAAGGCGUAG